AGGAGCCAUUCACAAAAUUCUUCAUGGGGAGCUUUUGGCAGAAGCCACUUCCUUUGUGGCAAAAAAAAAACGAACCAAAAAACAAACCCAAACAAGACAAAUAACCCCAAGGAAGUGCAGCUCUGACGUAGCCAAAGUUACGAAACUGUUUCUGACUCCCCCGUGUCCCCACUGCUCCUGAGGGAACAACACCAGGACAGGACACGGAGAGGAGUCAGAGGGGACCUCCUGGUUAUCCAGGGACUUUCUUCUUCAUGUAACUGUCCUGGGAGGAUCUGCUCUAGGAUAUGGAUCCAAAAGGAGCAUGAGAUGCCAAGAAGUGCUGCUGAUCUGGACAGACAACUCUCGCCUGCUGCUUCCCCACAGCGAACACCAGGGACCAGGUCCCACCACCCACCCAGUGUCCAUCCAUGGAGAUGAGCCAGACAUCCCCACCUCCCACCUCACCCACUGAAGGCGAUGAUCCAUGUGAGAUAGAUGUCACCGACAUGGCCAUAGAUGGUGUCACCCUGCUCAUUGGCCUCUGUGGGCUGGUGGGCAAUGGGGCUGUCCUCUGGCUCCUUGGCUUCCACAUCCGCAGGAACCCCAUCACCGUCUACAUCCUCAACCUGGCCGUAGCUGAUUUCACCUUCCUCCUCUUCGUCAUCACCUCAUCCCUCCUCUACAUGGUGGACAAUGCUUCUUGCUCCGCUGUUGUGUCCCUGAGGUACCUGAGGUCGUUCCUCCUGCUGUCACUGUUCUCCUACAACAUGGGGCUGUACCUGCUGAUGGCCAUCAGCAUCGAGAGGUGUGGGUCCAUCCUCUGCCCGCUCUGGUACCGCUGCCACCGCCCCCAGCACCUGUCAGGGGUGGUGUGUGCCCUGCUCUGGGUCCUCUCUGUCGCUGUCAUUGCCACGGUGACUUCCCUGUGCCUUUUGGAUGAGCACGAACCCUGCCAGAUGUCUCUCAUCUCCAUGUACAUCCUCAACCUCCUCCUCUUUGCUCCGCCCAUGGUCAUUUCCAGCACAGUCCUCUUCAUUAAGGUCAAAUGUGGCUCCCAGCAGCAGCAACCCAGGAGGCUCCACAUCGUUAUCUUCCUCACUGUCAUCUUCUUCCUCAUCUUCGCUCUUCCCCUCAGCCUCUUGAAUUUCCUGCAGCAGCUCAGCUACACUGUCGUGUCCUCCCAGGUUGUUUUCCUGCUCGCCUGCAUCCACAGCAGCAUCAAACCCCUCACUUACUUCUUGAUGGGGAGCUGCUGGAAGCGCUGCUCCCUGGUGUCCCUCUGGGUCUCCUUCCAGAGGGUCUUUGAGGAGACAGAAGAGAACACUGCCUGCAGCAAUGGUGCCAUCAUGGACACGGUGGUCCCAGCCUGUUGAAGGACCCUGGGACGGUGGCUGAGGGUUUCUCUGAGUCAUCAGAUUAAUAAAUAUCCACAGUAUUUCCUCCAGUGUCACCCUCCCGCAGUGUAAUCCCUCCGGAAAGGGGAGCAGGCGCAUUGCCAAGGGCAGUGUGGGAGGGAUGCUCUGCAGGGAGCAUGUUGGAGCACGGCUUUCUCCUCCCUCCCAGGUCCUAGAAUGCUAU